AUCACCUGACUACAGCAUAUAACAUACCUGCUGCAACCCUAUUGAAACCCAAGAAAAUCAGAUGACAAGUAAAAUGAUUUAUUGUUUGUGUAUUUAUGGCCGUCAUGCACUGGUGUUAUUAUUUGUGGAUUCUCUGUUGAGACACUGCUGACACCUUUAUCUGUCAAAUAGAAACAUUUGAAUGUUCUAAUCCAUCAUUUCCUCUCUCACCCUCGUUUUCAGCUAUCCCACCGUGCCCCUGGUGGCCCCUUCCCCCGUCCUCAGGCAAAGCCCCCCCCAAACCCUUUGCCCUGUAGGGAUCAACCCCUUCACCCCCUACUUUCCCUCCUCUUCCUCCCUCCCACCCAUCCUCCCUGUACUCCAACAGUCUUCCGCUGCAGUGAGAGUUCUCGACCAUCUCUGCCAAGCUGUCGGACAUGUCAGGACCCGUGCCGAGCCGGGCCCGAGUGUACACCGAGGUCAACACUCACCGGCCAAGGGAGUACUGGGACUAUGAGUCCCAUGUGGUGGAAUGGGGGAAUCAGGAUGACUUUCAAUUGGUGCGUAAGCUCGGACGUGGCAAGUACAGCGAAGUCUUUGAAGCAAUCAACAUCACCAACAAUGAGAAGGUGGUGGUGAAGAUACUCAAGCCUGUGAAGAAAAAGAAAAUCAAGCGUGAGAUCAAGAUUUUGGAGAACCUACGUGGAGGUCCUAACAUCAUCUCCCUCAUUGAUAUUGUGAAAGACCCUGUAGUAAGUAACGCUUCACACUUUGGUCAUAACUGCAGCAAAGGCCAUAUUUAA